CAUUUUUAAAAAUAGUUUUUUGUUAAAUUUGUUUUUAUUUGUGUUUGUUUUUUUUAUUUGAUAACCCACCUAACGUUGUUAGCACAAAAAAAAACAAAAUUUAAAAUAAAAAUAAAUAAUAAAUAAUAAAGUAUUAUAAUAAACAAUUUAAAUAUUUUUUUAUUUUUAUUUUUUUUUUUCAUUUUAAAUAAUAAUAAAAAUAAUAAUAAUAAUAACUGUUGAUUUAUAUACAAAAAAUUUAAUUUUCAAUUAUAAUUUUUUUUUAUCAUAAAAAAAAUCUUUUUAUUUUUUUUAUUUUUUUUAUUUUUAUUUGGGUUUUAUUUGUAAAAUUAUUUUAUUUUUUCCUUAUUUAUUUAUACCCAUCAACACUCAUAUAUAUAUUUAUUUAUUUAAUUUGUAAUAAAUAUUAUAAUAUAAAUAAAAAUGAUUAAAAAAACUCUUUUUUUAAUUUUAAUAGUUUUAUCAUUAUUAUUUAUAAAUAAUGUAGAAUCAAAAUCAGCCGAAGAAAAAGCAUUGGAUAUUAUUGACAGAUAUCGUGACAUUGCAAGAUAUACAUUUUUUACAACCGAUGGCCAUUUAGAAAGAUAUCCAGAGGGAUUUUGUGGUGGUACACCAAUCGACGAUUGCCAAUGGAACGAAUAUAUUGAAGCUAUUAUUUUACUUUCAGCUAUCACUUUAAUUAUUGCCGCUAUUACAUUAGUUUUUGGUAUUAUUUUUUGGAUAUUCAGAUGCAUUUGCUUUGGAGGUUUAAAACCAUCCCAUGGUUGUAUGUGUCCAGGUCCAAAAUAUGAUCCAGAUAUUGGUGAAGGUUAUAGAACUGGUAGAGUUUGGAUAUUGAAGAUAUUAGUAUUUGUUUUUGUUGCCGGUUGCGUUGCUGUAUUUAUUACAUCAUUAAAAGGAAAUUCAAAUACAACUACAUCAAUUAAUGAUUUAAGUGAUACAGUUUUAAAUAAAACCAGUACAACUUUAGAUCAAUUAAAUGAUAUUGCUACAGAUUUAAAUAAUACAAAAUACGAAAGUUUUUCAGAUAUUCAAUCUGUUAGACAACAAUUAGAAGGUGUUAUUCAAGAUGGUCAAAAUAUUCAAUCAGAUGGUGAAGAUAUUAGUAAAAAUGCUAAAGAUGUUAAUAAUAUUAGAACUAAGAUUAUUGUUAUUGGUUUAGUAUUUUGUAUGGUUGCCGCUGGUUUACUUGCUAUUGCCGCUCUCUUUAAUCUUCCAAAACUCGCUCGUUAUUGUGCAAUUUUGAUGGUUCUUUUAAUUCCAUUCAUGUGGAUUGUAUUUUCUGUUCAUUAUCCAAUCAACAGUGUUAUUGCAGAUGUUUGUGUUUCAUAUAAUUCAACUGGCUUUGAUCAAUUCUCAAACUUCUCCAACCCAAUUAUUUCUCAAGUUUUCGAUAGUUGUAAAAAUGAAUCUAACACCAUUUCUGUAUUUGUCAAAGUGGAUGAUUUAGUAACAGAAAUGAUUCAAAAUGGUACCAAGGUCUCAUGCGACAAGAUUAGCAAUGUUUGUGACAAGAAAUAUCCAAAAAUUAUUGACCCAGCUGUUCCACCAGCUGGUCCAGCUAGUUAUACCCUUAAUAAUAUCAUUGAUUGUCCUUCCCAAGAAUGUAAUAGUCCAGAAACUUUGGGUUUCUAUAUGAAUUCUACUAUUCAUGAUUUCCAAUUCCAAUGUAUUAAUCCAGAUUCUGAUUGCGGUGUUACCACUGCUUGCCAAGGUGAUCUUACCGAUCCAGCCAAACUUGGUGUAACAUGGAGCACUUGUAAUUAUAAAGAUGUAGCCGGUGUUAGUGCUUGUGGUACCAGUUGUCUUAAUACUGAAGUUAGAGGAGUUGCUUCAGAAAUUUCCACACUCUAUAAUACUUUUGAUGACCUUCAAAAUUUAUGGUCUCAAAAAGUUCAACCACUUAUUAAAUGUUCAAAUCUAAUUCCAUUUGUUGAAGAUGUUCAAGAUAUUGUUUGUAUCGAAGCUGUUACUUCAUUGGAUUUAAUGAUCGCACCAACCGCUAUUUUUGCUAUUCUUUUAACUGGUUUGGGUAUUAUGGGUAUCUUGGGUAGUAAGAGAUUUAAUGGUAAAUUUGUUUCUUCAAGAAGAGAAUCUGCUUAAAAAAUAAAAUAAUAGUAUAAAAAAAAAACGAUCUUUAAAGAAAUUAGAAACCUUUUAAACAUAUAUUUAUUUUAAAAAAAAAAUAUAAAACGAAACAAUUUAAUAAUUUUAAAUAAAGAGUUUAUAUUUAAAAAA